CUAACGGGGCCACACCGUGCGAUCAGCUUUCCACAGCCUUUGAGGAUGAGAUUUGAAGGUGUCUUCGCAACUCUACUGGUGCUGUGCGCCAUCUCAUAUUUACCAGGAAGCUUACAGAGAGGUGCUGAAGGCAACGUAGAUACACACAUGUCAGUUGGACAACUGAAUGACGAUGGGUGGUACGAGCAGUUGCUAAAUGGAGAACCCAAAGCAGAGACAAGUGAUCCAUCUGAAUCAACGACGUCUGAUUCAGGGGAGACAACGACAGAAGAUCCAGACGUGUCGACACCGCCGGACACGGACAGCGCGUUCUCUCCCGGCGGCAGCUCGUUGCUGACUGUGGGGGCCAUUCUCGUCACGCUGGUGGUCUCCUGGGGCCGGUAGGGGCGACCCCAGCGGUGGCACACUCUGUUGCCAGCUCUGCUCUCUCCAUCACCACGAGCACCUGUGAAACCCUGAUAACGCUACUUUUAGAACAUUUAUAGGAAGUCUUGAGCCCUCAAUAAACCCUCUUGAAUUCUGUCCCGUAUCUCUGUAGGCUCCUCAGGAAAUCUUACACCUGCGCUUCAUUUCAAAUAUUGUAAAUAACUACUAUUUAACGAAAUAUAUUUUUUAUACAUUAAUGUCUACAGUCUUGUAGGUGCGGCCACCUUUACUACACUUUUCAAGUACCAGUCACUAACAUUCUGAUAGAAAUGGUUUUCUUUCAAGGUAUGUGAGUCGUGUGCCGCUUACCCAUGAAAUUAACGGAUGAGAUGACUUUUCCAACUUUUUAUUUCUUUCUGUUUCUAUAGAUUCCUUUUUUAUGACACGAAAAUUUCAAUUCCAUUAGUGCGACUACUUCAGCAGAAUAUGCGUGUGAUUUCCACUGCAAGAAGUAAGGCAGGCUUGCUAAUACUGUGCGUGACCUAGUCGCCUCACGCACUAAGCACACCACUGCAUUCCAACUGAGAAGGGCGGAGGAUAAGACGAAAGCUCACAGCCAUAGAUUUACAACUAUGUGGCCACCACUAAAAAGAGGCGUGCCGUCUCCUAUGCUUGUUUAAACCGCUUUCAAGGAAAAAUAUAAACCGUGUAGUUCCCAUUACCAUACUAUAAUUCUUUAUAAUAUGGAUAAUAUUUCCCGCCAUAUCCCCUCUGUUCUCAGUUCAGUAAUGGUAUCACACACUGUAAAUAAAAAAAAUCUAUCUUUCUAAACUGAAUUUAUUUGUAUGUAUCAAACAUGUAUCACUUACUCAUGCUGGGCAUCUUGAAUGGUAUGUAAUGCAAAGAGAAUUAUUUAAUUAUACCUGUUUCGAAAUGAGAUUACUAGUGAU